AUGACUAACUUAGCAUUAUAUUUUAGACGGCUGCAAAAUCAAUAUCCCUUUUUAUGGAAUGUAUGGGAUGCUCAUAAUAGUUUCGAUGAAAUUGUGGAUCUAUCUGAUAGAAACAAAUUGUAUCAUAAAUUCUGUAAGUCAAUUAUAAGUCUUGUAAGGACGAAUAAUGAUUUGCACUAUGCUGUCUGUGCCAAACUUGUAAGAAAUUUAAAAUUAUUUAGUGAUAAACGAGAUGAAUCCAAGUUUCAACAUAAAAAUUGUAACAACUUAAACAACUGGUUAUAUAUUUCCAUAAGAAAACAUAAUCUGAAUCCACACUUUUUUAGUCAUAUAUUCAAAUUGAUUAAAAAAAUAUCUCCCAAUCUAGCAUAUCAGAAUGAGUGCCUAUAUUAUUUCUACGAUAAUAAUUAUUUACAACCGCUUUCCAUUGUAAUGCUAAAUAUAUUUAAGUCUAACAUAGGUCUUAUUAGGGAUACAUUGAUAGGGAGUAAGGAUAAAAUUUACUGCAGUUGUCAAGAUUUUGUCUAUAAAUUGGUAAAGGCAUAUAGGGAUAUUAAUAGUAAAUAUUGCACUGUAGGCAGUAUUAAACAUAGAGGGGUUAAAGAAAAAACAUGUUCAUUUUUAAGAAGUUUUGAGAUAGCAUAUGAUACAUAUCUUAUAAAGGAUGAAUCAAUACAAGCAAAAAAAAUACAACUACCACCUUUAAAGCCUGAAGAGAAUAUGGAAUCAUUCCUUUGUAAACCAGAUGAUGAAAUUCAGCGAUCCAUAGAUAUAGAUAAAGCACGAAUGCCACAUGAAGAACCUGUAGACUUAGUUGAACCAGAAUUCGAAGAAGAAAUAAUAUUACCAGAAGACUCUGAAACAUUAAUGGCAAGUGUAUCAAUAAAAAAAAUUUUAUCUACAGCUAUUGUUACUACUUCUUCAGUGUUUUUCCUUUUUUUUUUAAUGUAUAAGUUUACCCCAAUUGGCAACACGAUUCGUUCCAAAAAUAGAGUAAAAGUAAUAAGAAAUGCUUAUGAAGCAGAUGAUGAAAAGAACAUAUACCCAGUACAUGAUCAUAUGGAUAUAAACACAUACAAUCAGAGAUAUAACAUAGCAUAUGUAAAUAUAUGA